AGGGGCGGGCGGAGGAGAUGUAAAAGAAUAGACAGGACUGCGAGAGAAAAAAAAGAUAUGUGGACUGACUCACCUUUCUGGCAGACUAGUCGGAGACUGAAUAGUCUAUCCCGCGCUUGAGUUUCUUUCUCUACAAAUGACUUUGAAUGCUAGCGGAGACAAAAGCAAGGGGAAGCCCCGUUUACGUCGCUGAUAAAGCAUUGCCCAACUCGGCGUCCCUGGACUGAAUAAGGCAGCGUCAAUAGUCAGAGAUGACUGAGGGGCGACUCGGUCAGGUGCGUCUCUUGGACGACAGACAGUUGGAACUCUUGGUCCAGCCUAAGCUGUUGUCCCGUGACCUCCUGGAUUUGGUUGCCUCACAUUUCAACCUCAAAGAGAAGGAAUACUUUGGGAUAUCCUUCACUGAUGAGACGGGUCAAAGUAAUUGGCUUCAGUUGGACAGGAGAGUACUGGAGCAUAAUUUCUCCAAAAAGACUGGCCCUUUGGAGCUAAAGUUCCUUGUGAGGUUUUACAUUGAGAAUAUAACAUUUCUGAAGGACACUACAACUGUGGAACUGUUUUUCCUGAAUGCCAAGUCCUGUGUCUUCAAUGGACUUUUUGAAGUGGAGAGUGACCAUGUAUUCAAAUUAGCGGCAUAUGCUCUGCAGGAAGCAAAUGGGGACUACGUAAGUGAUGAACGCACACAAGAGGACCUGAAGAAACUUCCCACCCUACCGACCAAAGUGUUGACAGAACACCCUUCCCUGGCAUACUGCGAGGACAGAGUUAUCGAGCACUACAAGAAGCUGAAAGGACUCACCCGUGGACAAGCCAUCGUAAAGUACUUGGCUUUGGUGCAGUCCUUCCCAAACUAUGGAGUGCAUUAUUAUGAAGUGAAGGACAAGCAAGGCCUUCCCUGGUGGCUGGGAGUGAGCUAUAAAGGCAUCGGCCAGUACGACCAGCAGGACAAGUUGAAACCGCGAAAGUUGUUCCAGUGGAAGCAGCUGGAGAACCUGUACUUCCGUGAGAAGAAGUUUGCCGUAGAGGUCAACGACCCCCACAGGAGGGUUGUGUCCAAACGCACAUUCGGACAGAGCGGACUUGUCAUACAUUCGUGGUAUGCCAGUCACACUCUGAUUAAGACCAUCUGGGUGAUGGCCAUCAGUCAACACCAGUUCUAUCUGGACAGGAAACAGAGCAAAGCCAAAUUAACUACAGGCAGAAGCCUUGGGGAUAUUGCCAUGGAUCUGACGGAGAUCGGAGCACCCAGGGUCAGUAAGCUGGUCAGCAUGGAGACCAAAGACCAGCUCAUCAUGGCCAGUAAUGGAAGCCUGGUCUCAACAGGUUCUGGAGACUCAAACGAAGAGAAGAAACAAGAAAAGAUUGCUGAUCUGAAGAAGAAAGAGAAGGACCUUCAGGACACCCUCUCUCAAAAACUGGACGAGCUCAAGAAGAUCUGCCUCCGAGAAGCCGAGCUGACAGGCCGGCUGCCGAAAGAAUAUCCGAUGCAGUCAGGAGAAAAAGCCCCCACCGUCAGAAAACGAGUCGGGACCACUUUCAAACUGGAUGAUCUCUUUCCUUAUGACAAGGACCCUCACCUUAGAAACCUGGAGAGCCGGUUCGCAUUGCAGCAGAAGAUCGUGGAGGCAGCGAAGAAGCUGGCCAGCGAAGGGGACCUCUGCAAAACUGUCAAGAAGAAGAGGAGGAGAAACUGUCUGGACUCCAUGAGGAAGCUGCAGGAGAUCGAGGACGAGAUCAACGCCUACAGAAUAAAGACGGGCAAGACGCCCACUCAGAGGGCCUCCAUCAUCAUCGAUGAGGCCAACCCCUCUGACCUGAGUUCGCUCUCAGACAGCUUAACCCUGGAAGAUGAUGAUUCGCUGAUAGGCCAAAGGCAGCGCUCUCGUUCGGUGCAGUACACAGACCAGCCCUCGGAAAGUCUGGGUGUCCAGUACUACACCGACAGACGGGCCUCCACCAAUGACCAGCUGCAGGAUGUGAACUUAACCCGAUUAGGGUACGGCGAGGACGAGUUCCACCACGCUCACAGGGAUGUUGUGUCUGGCCACAGCAGCCCGUACAGGCCCGGCGCGCGGCCGGCCCGCGACACCCGCAGCAUGCCGCCCACGCCAGUGCUGCCCCGCAACGCCUUUAGCAGCACCCAGCUUAGCUACGAGGACGGCCCUCGGCACUUCCGCCAGCGCAGCGGCAGUCUGGAGUCCCAGCAGGCCUUCCUGACGGAGGGCGAGGCGCACGAGGCACCUUACAUGCUGGCCGUGCCGCGACGCAGCACCAGCACCGAGAUCCUGGACGACGGCUCGUCCUACACCAGCCAGUCCAGCGUGGAGUACGGCUCCGCUGCCCCGGGGUACCACCACGGCGGCGGCGCCAACCACAUGCCUCGCGCCCGCCGCCUCCACCAGCGCCGUGGCGGUGCCAACAUCUAUGCCAACACGGGCAGCAUGCCCAACCUGGCCCAGCACGACGCCUACCGGCCACCCUCGCGGGCCACCAGCACCACCACCGCCUACUACGUCACGGGCUACCCCUGCCACAAUGACCCGGAGCCCUACUCCAACGGGGCCUACGCCUACGAGAACGAGUCGGAGGGCCACUACAGCGUCAACAGCUCGGCGUCGUACUACUACCCGCCACAGCAGCAGCAGCACCACCAGGCGCCGACCGCCUACUACGGCCACGAGGGCUACCGCAGCGGCUACGGCCACGACGAGCUGGACAGCCUGUCGCAGCACAACGUCUACGCCACGCUGCGCCCGCCGCGGAACAACCGGCCGCCCUCGCGCAACGAGCACCCACCUAAGAACCUCCAGAAGGCCCUGGUGGCCGAACACUUGCGCGGCUGGUACAACCGCAACACCACAAGCCACAAGCCGCCGCCGGCCGGCGCCUACGACUAUGACCGGGGCUCCCAGCACAGCCUGGGAUACCAGACCAUGUCGUCCACCUACGGCCACGUCCCCCGCAACGCGUCCUACUCCUCAGUCUCCUCCGCUAGCAGCGCUGGACACUGGCGCAGCAAUCACGUGUCGACGGCACUGGACAACUACGAGCAGCCCGCUCACCUGGCCCCGCCGCAGUCCUACGGCAGUGGCUACAGCGCGGCCCACUACGUCCAGCCGGCCCACAGCAGACAUCCCCCAGAGAGUGUGUGGCGGGGCUCGGAUAGUCUGUGGCGAGCUCCAGGGCCCUUAGACAUGCAUGGGGCAGUUGGCUAUGACCCUGAGCUGGAGCGUUACAAUGCCAGCCGAAGGCGUAGCACUGCGAAGGGUCCUACACUGAUCUGAACCAAAUGGACGAACACACAAGCAGCCAAAUGAACAGCAGUUUGGACCCUGAGGAUCACACGCUGUACUGGCAUGAGAACUCUAAACCUGGAACAAUUGUAUAGGGGAGCUCACCAGGCACUACAACUGCAAGACCUACUCACUGAAUUUUUCCACGUGCCUACAGAAUGAACUGUCUUUCUACGGGCAAAGGGCUCCCAAAGAUUCAAAAAGCAACAACCUCAAAGGAAUGUAAUCAGACAAAAACCUGAAGCUAUGAAGCUAUGUGUGAUCAACUAGUUUUGUUUUUUUUCUUUUCGCGAGAUUUUUUCGCAGGCCCUGCAAGGAAAAAUUAGUCAAGCUGAACUUGCCAUGGUGCGAUGUGUGUGAGUGUGUUCCAAGCUGAACUGUCCAUUUUUUUAAAGGUGGUGUUUGCGUGAUGAAUGAUUGCACUUGCAUACUGUGUGUGUGUGUGUGUGUGUGUGUGUGUGUGGACUUUUUGCACUUGCACAAGACUGCUGUGACCUCUUGGCUCUCUGUCUGUGGGGCGUUAUUACCAGGAUAAUGACUGCGGCCUUCCCACACAGAAAGCCCCAGAGCAGUCCACAUUAAGUUAGGGAAGGAUUUCUAAAGUCAUCGCACCAGUUAAUGUCAUACAUGAAGGAUUGAACGCAACUGGACUUUGGAUUCUAAAGUGGAGCUGUUGUCCUGUCUUGCAGUCUUCUCCGUCUAAAGAACAGAACGGAUCAGAUGGUACAAGACGGUGCCCUUAUACUCUGGAUGUCCUGAGCUACUGAACACGUAGAUCAUCUAAAUUCCUUUCUGUUUUGGAGGAAAUAACUUAGUUGGCGUUUGAGCACACUGCCUCAUGCAACUACAUGAGCACAACAUUCACGAUGGCGCUCAGCCUUGCCCAAUCAGCUGCCAGCCAGAGACCACUCACUAUACUGGAAUUACGGAGGACCCUUUGAUAGAAUCUGCAGUCAACUAUUGCAUUAGUAUUCAUACUCCUAUUUUCAGUGUUUGUAAAAACUAAGAGUUGCCAAAUGCCACAAAGUCCAACCUUUAAGUAUGAACCAUGGGGGGUUUGCAUGGGUGACUUAACCAGCCCCUUAUUUAGUACCAUCUGGACGGUCACAUUUCUUGUGAUGGUGAUAUGACAUAUAGUACUGCAGAAUCUCAAACGCUCUGAGAACGCCUACUGCAUCCCAUGCUGGAAUCCAUGGUGUUGUGCUCUUCUCCCACCUGCCUACUAGGAGAACUAUGUAUGUAUAUGUUGAUAGUGUAAAAAGAAUUUACUACUUUUUUGUCUAUCUUUUUAGAGGGUUUUUUAUGUUUUAAGAAGCAUGUAAUAUAUAGUUAUCAAAUUUGUUAAGCUGGUUCUUAGUAAUUUGUAUCAUUUGAGACGUAUUUGAAUAAAAAAAAAAAUACUUACUAAGAAAAUC